AUGCCAGCACAGAAAAUACCCGCGACAUCCAAGAUAUUCCAGCCUCUCAAGGUCGGUAGAAUUACGCUGCCUCAUCGCAUAGUGAUGGCACCACUUUCACGAUAUCGCAACAGCGAUGACCAUGUGCCUCUAAAUAUGGCAGUCGAGUACUACUCCGACCGAGCGGCCGUCCCUGGGACGCUCAUUAUAAGCGAAGCAACAGCAAUAUCUCAAGACGAUGAGACUGAUCCCAAUGGUCCUGGUAUUUGGAGUGAUAAGGAGAUUGCCCAGUGGAAGCGCAUAAUCAGCGCCGUACAUGCUAGGGGUGGCUAUUUUAUACAGCAGAUCUGGAGCCUAGGCCGCGCAGGUGACGCACAAUUUGCGCGUUCCAAGGGCAUUAAAUACGCAUCGAGCAGCGAGAGUCCCAUGGAGGGUUCUGAUAUAACGCCUGAGGAACUGACUGAGGAGGAAAUAUGGGUCAAAAUUGACAGUUUUGCCCAAGCUGCGAAAACAGCCAUUGCCGCAGGGGCAGAUGGCGUUGAGCUGCACGGCGCUCACGGCUACUUAAUUGACCAAUUCACUCGGGAAUCUAUCAAUAAAAGAACGGAUAAAUGGGGUGGCUCAGUUGAGAACAGGGCACGUUUUGCCAUCGAGGCUGUCAAGGCCGUUGCUGCUGCCGUCGGGGCAGAUCGUACGGCUGUUCGUCUUAGCCCUUGGGCGACAUUCCAAGGCGCGACAUCAUCUGAUCCGCAGGCUCAGUUUCUAUACAUGUUGCGCGAGUUCAGGAGGCUGAACCUGAACCUCGGUUAUGUUCAUCUGAAGGAAGACGAGCUUGGCCAACACAACGCUUAUAGACAAAACACACUCGAGUACCUGCUGGAGGAAUGGGACAAUUGGUCGCCCGUUAUCAUUGCUGGUGGCUUUAAUGCGGAGAACGUCUUCUCAGCCGUGGAUAACCUGUAUUCCAAGUGGGAUGUGGCUGUUGCAUUUGGAAGAUAUUUUAUUUCCAAUCCCGACUUGGUAUUCCGCCUUCAGAAUGGGAUCACUCUUAGUCCCUACAAACGAGAUGGCUUUUAUGCUAAGAAAUCUCCUGUGGGAUAUAUCGACUAUCCUGUGAGCGAAGAAUUUUUGGAUGGAAGCUGGACAUGA